AUGACAACUACCACCCCUUUAGAAAGCGGCCGUAUGCUGGCCGCAAGCAAGACUGACACACGCUCUAGUCUGCUAGACUGGCCCCAGUUGGUGGGACUGAGAGAGCUGGACUUGGGGACUGACAAACUCCCACCUCUCCACUGGCUUGCGCACCCUUUCCCUACCGAGCUCGAAGUUAUACCAGAUAAUACCCCUCCUGAUGUUAUAACUAUUAUCCACCAGUCCUUAUCUUUUGACCUGUACAGGAAAAAGGCAUUGCCUUCUCAGGAUGGCGGGUCAGAUGCGCACCAGAAUGGGGAUAGAUGGUCUCUCAUGUCCGAUUCGCAAUGCAGACAGCGAAAUGGUUCGAUCUCACAGUUAUCUCGCUUAUCAUCGCUAAACAAUUCUGAGGGGAGUCGAUCGCCCUCGAAGCGCUCGGUGGACUCUGGGUCUAUUAGACGUCCUCUGGGCUGGAUUGGCAGUAAGAAGUCGAACCCUACCAGGGCAUUUAGGGAUAGAUUAAGGGAGCGCAAUACAUUCAAGUAA